AUGUGGGGGGGCGGGGGUUACAUCAGCCGCCACGUGUGGGCCUCUCAGCUGGUGUGGAGGCGGCGGCCCCGCCCCCGGCCCCUGCGGUGGAAAAGCCCCCCGCGCGCAGACCUCCUGGCGCCCCAGUCGGACCGAGACACGCUCUGGUUCCGGAGCUACCCGCACAGCCCAGCGCCCGCCGCCCCCGAUCAAGCCGGCGUCUGCACGCAGCUGCCCCCCUCCAAGAAGCGCCCCCCCACACACGCCGUUCCCGCCCGCUUCAGCUCCUUGGUGACAGGGAGACACCCAGACGCGCGCACCUACCCCGACCUCCGCUGCGAGACAGACAUUCCCGAUGCCGAGAAGUCAACGUCCGUCUUGGACAUGUCUACCUCUCGUGGAGACAGCGGAGUACAUGCCUCUUGGAAUCCUGACCCUCAAGACACUCAGCCCUUCCCUCAGUGUACAGAACUGGAGAAGAUGCCCUUGGUUUCUGCUGAGGCAGCCAGACUUAGUGCGGGUGAAAUGGGACAACAGUUCAAUGUGCCGGUGCCGGAACAGGGUGUGAACUAUGGCCUCCAAGGAACUCUUGCUCCAGCCCAGAAUAUUUACUUUCAGGGAGUAGCUCCCACUCAGCCAGGAAUGAUUUUUGAGGGCUCUCAGACAAUGCCCUCAGGAAAAACCAGUAUUCCGGGCGUGGCCAUGACUUACGGUGGGAACCUAAGAAUGCCCCCCCAUGUGCUGCCAAUCUCAGCUCCCAGUGGCAGUCCAGUGAUGCCCCACAUCAGGGCACCAGAAAUGCCUUAUUGCGGCACCCCGAUAGUACCCACUAACAGAGACUCUGUAACACCUAAAAUGUUACUGACCCCAACCAUGCCUUCUGCGGAGGGACAGGCAAUGCACCCCUGUUUGGCUCAGAUGAUGCCCCCUAGAAAUCCUCAUGCUCUUGGGACGCCCCCAGCGAGGUCCUCGUCAUUGCUGGUUCUAGAAUCCCAGGACUCUUUUGUAAGCCAGCCGACCUCCCAGUCAGGCCCCUCCCUUCCUGAGCAGCCUAUACCUGCAGCACAGAGAGCAGAGCAGAACUCCAGGGCCCAGGAGAGGGCUCCAAGGAGACCUCUGGUUUCCAGGCCUUACCACUGCCAGUUCGAGAACUGUGGCAAAGCUUACACUAAGCGUUCCCACCUCGUGAGUCACCAGCGCAAACACACAGGCCAGAGGCCCUAUAAAUGCAGUUGGGAAGGCUGUACGUGGUCUUUCUUCCGUUCUGAUGAGCUUGGACGACAUAUUCGGAUCCAUACCAAAUAUCGACCACACAGGUGUGAUCAGUGCGGCCGGCAGUUCAUGAGAUCUGACCAUCUCAGGCAACACCAGCGGACUCACCAGCGUAUGCCGCGUUCCCUAGACCCACAGGCUAACACUGGACAUACGACUGGUCUCUAG